GAGACAAGGUCGGAUUGACCACUACAGCGAUUUCUGACGGUGUGGUAUUUGACGACACUCCUCCAGUAAAAGGUAAACUGCUUGUUGGAGACUUACACGUACACAGAUACGUGACGACACUUCAUAAUCGUGUAAUCCAUUGGAAGGGAUUCUUCGACAUGGAGUCAGGAAUUAAAUAUUACGAAGUCGCAAUAGGGAACUAUGCCGAUGUCCCGGAUGUGGUCUCCUUUCGACAUGUAGACCCCUCCACGUUUUUCUUUGACUUCAGUGAUUUAGACCUCCAGCAUGGCCAUCGCUAUUACGCAUUUCUUCGGGUAACCAACCGAGCUGGAUUGUCACAAGUAGCCGUGUCACAGUUUUUCCUUCUAGAUGAUACUCAUCCCUUACCAGGAAUUGUCCGAGAAGGCCCAAGCUAUAGUAAUGAUUUUGCUUACCAACGCAACUUCAGCCACCUGGUGUGUUCCUGGGAGGGCUUCGCUGACCCCGAGUCUGGUGUGGAUCACUACAAAGUCGGACUGGGGACGGCACCAUUCAAAAGAGACGUCAGACGCUUUACGUUUGUGGGUCUGAGAACAAAUAUGACAUGGUCUGUACCCCUGGAGGAGGGCGUUAUCUAUUACGUCACGGUUCAGGCCUGCAAUACCGGAGGACUGUGUACGGACGUCACGUCCAACGGAGUCUUGGUCGAUCAUUCGCCCCCGAUACGUGGCCAGGUACUUGUAGGACGAGCGGAAGGACAUCUAAAUUAUAUAGGACAGAGAUCACACGUGGAGGUUUUCUGGGUUGGAUUUCACGACUCCCAUUCCGACCUGGAUCAUUACGAAGUUUGUAUCAGUAGCACCCUCGAUCCAGCCUGUAACGUUAUUUCUUUGACCAACACACAUAUGUCUACCGAACACCUCUUCACUGGCCUUGACCUUCCCAUUCAAUCGCCUCUUUACGUCACAGUUUGGGCAUACAACAAAGUUGGACUUAACAUCUACGUGACGUCAGACAUGUUCUCGAUCGACGUCACUCAACCGAUCUGUAGCCAGACACCUGUAUUCACAUCUAGUACAGCUGAUAUUUCAGAGGACACUUCCACGCAAUGGGACACUUCUGUUCUCAAAAUCUCGUGGAUGUUUGAGGACUACCAAUGCCCCAUUGUAAGACAUAAGGUUUCAGUCACAAAUCACCGAAACGGCCACACGUAUAUAGAAGACCUGGAACUUUUUAAUGAAAAUCACACCACAAUUCUACUUAAACCAGAACACUGGCUUCUCAGCGGUGACCGCUACCAGGCGACAGUGGUAGCAUGCAAUAGAGCCGGAUUAUGUACGGCGGUCAACAGUGGAUAUCUGUUAGUCGACUCAUCACCGCCACACAUUGGAGGAUUCGGUGAUGACAUGUCGUGGAGAUUACAGAAUAAUGGUACUACAAUCAAUGUAACGUGGAAUGGGUUUGAAGACGUAGAAUCAGGAAUCAGCAUGUAUUACGUGAGUAUUGCAGAGACGUAUAGUGGUAAUGAAUUAUCUCUCGGCUUCAUUUCACUCGUACAUGUUGGAGAACCUAGUGACAUUCAGUAUGGUUUCUUCAAUGUAAAACAACAACUGGAAGUGGACAUUAAAAUCAUACUGACAAUCAUAGCAGAAAACAAUGCUGGACUAGUUACGUCUGCUACAAGGGUAACAACCCGUGUACUUCAAACAGAUAUGGAAGGUGAUUAUGGAAUCCUAAAGAUAGAAAAACAUUCGUGUGAUGUCCACUAUUGUAACAAAGACUGUACAUGUGCUGCCCUUGGACAGAAAUGCUCUACUGUCGAUUCAAAUACGUGCAACCAAACAGACAGCUCAAACUAUCAGUCUGUGAGUGUCUAUAGCGGGUACGAUAUCGGUGUCCAUACACUUCAUUCACUUUCGUCAGCAUGUUUGGGUGCCAACUGGAUCCUUUCUUCUUUACAAUCUCAUCUGAACGUUAUACGCAUGGAGUGGAGUAUGGGAUUAGAAAACUUGGAGUAUGGUGCUGGUAUAUUUGACACCUUACGAGAAGAGGUAUGGCAUGAUAUAGGAAUGAGAGACAGUGUGGUUUAUUGUGUAAGCAGCGAUAACGCCCUGUUACACGACCAUAAAUACAUAACUUACAUCAGAGCAUGGUACAAUACAAACACCUACAGGAUAUUCAGCUCACAGUCUCUGCUGAUUGACCGUACACCUCCGAAGAUAUUGAAAGGAUUUUACAUGAAAUACUCCGUAGAUAGCUGCAAAACAAAUGUAGAAUUUAUCACGGAAACAAACUUUCUGACGGCAUGCUGGAGGAAUGGGUUCUCCGACUCUCAAAGUGGAAUCCGUCAUUAUCUGACAUCACUAGGUACCAGCCGAGGAGCCUCUGACACAUCACAUGUACUUAAUGUCGGAAAGGCCUCGAACUUCACCUGGAGUGAGCUGGAUUUACAUCCGGGCUCUAGAUACUACGUCACUGUGACAGCUGUCAAUACACAAAACGUGUCGACUACUUAUAGCUCGGACGGGUUCGUUGUCGACACGGAACUGCCUUUUCCUGGGACUGUGUUCAAUACCAAGAACUAUAAAAACCACCAAAGUCAAGCUUCUACCGAUACCAUGGAAGCUUCCUGGAACGGCUUUAUGGACAGACAUUCACAUAUACAUCUGUAUAAAAUUGCAGUUGUUGAUAUUACAGACAAUUCCUCGGUUUUGACCUUCCAGUCGGUAGGUAGAAAAACUAAAGCAACAAUGCCAGGUCUACACCUACUGGCCGGUAGGAGUUACAUUAUUAAAGUUAAAGCCAUGGAUGCGUCCGGACAGGAAAGUGACGAAGUUCUUUCUCCACCGGUGAUUAUCGAUCCGACCCCACCAGUCGCUUACCAAUGUGCCAGUUACGUUACACUGUAUAAUGAAACACAUGAAAUUAAUUUGUCUACACCAAAUGAAGAAUGGAAGAUAAGCUUGGGAAAUGAUUCAAUUGUCUAUCGACUUUUGGUGACCAUAUCAAACAGCACUGAAGAUACUGGUAUAGUAGUGUCUCUCAACGAUCACUCAUUUAAAGCGCAUCUGGUGCGUCAGUCUUUUUCCCAUGUCUUUACUGUUCAUUCCGUGGAGAGCCUUGUUCUUUCUGUGAAAGCAUCAGAUAGGAAGGUAGACCUUGGUAGUCUCACAGUUGUUUUGGAUGGAUGUAACAACGUUAGUUUACACAAUUAUUCAACCUUUCGGAUACCUCUGCAGCAGAUAGCGUUUUCUACAGUAUCAGCCAUGCUGCAGUUCAUCGAUCCAGAAAGUGAUGUGCGAUCAGUAGAAUUAGGUGUGGGGACAACUAUACACGGAUACCAGGUCCGUGCACUUGAGCCAGUGUUUACGGGAGGCUAUCACGCGUUUCCGGUUAAUCUACCUCAUGGAACCCCUAUAUAUGCUACUGCAGUAGUGGAAAACAACGUCGGUCUGCGAUCCUACUUCCGGUCAUCGCCUCUUAUCAUUGAUCAUACUCCACCAACAAUAUCGGACGUACUUCUUCAGUACAGUGAUGGAACAGAAGGUCACGUGGUCAUCCAUAUCACGUGGAAGGUAGUGGACGAAGAGAGUCAGCACGUGAACUGUGUUGUAGCAUGUGGUAAGUAUAAAUAUGUCAUUACUGCUCCUCAUUUGUGA